UCUGGCCUGUACCUGCCACCUCUUCCCUACUCUGGGAUCUGGCCCCAGGGCCCUUCCCUCCCCAGGGGACAGCUUGCCACUUGGACCCUUUCCUCUGCCUCCAGCAGAGGUGACCCUGGGAGGCGUGCUGGUCACCAUGACAACAGAGACAGGCCCCGACUCUGAGGUGAAGAAGGCUCAGGAGGAAGCUCCGCAGCAACCCGAGGCUGCUGCUGCUGUGGCCGCCCCCGUGACCCCCUCAGGCCACGGCCACCCAGAGGCCAACUCCAAUGAGAAGCAGCCGCCCCAGCAGGACACCCGGCCCACUGAACAGAGCCUAGAUAUGGAGGAGAAAGACUACUGCGAAGCCGAUGGCUUGUCCGAGAGGACCACGCCCAGCAAAGCCCAGAAAUCACCCCAGAAGAUCGCCAAGAAGUUCAAGAGUGCCAUCUGCCGAGUCACUCUGCUUGAUGCCUCUGAGUAUGAGUGCGAGGUGGAGAAGCAUGGCCGGGGCCAGGUGCUCUUCGACCUGGUCUGUGAACACCUCAACCUCCUGGAGAAGGACUACUUUGGCCUGACCUUCUGUGAUGCCGACAGCCAGAAGAACUGGCUGGACCCCUCCAAGGAAAUCAAGAAGCAGAUCCGGAGCAGCCCCUGGAAUUUUGCCUUCACAGUGAAGUUCUAUCCCCCUGACCCAGCUCAGCUGACAGAAGACAUCACGAGGUACUACCUGUGCCUACAGCUACGGGCAGACAUCAUCACGGGCCGGCUGCCCUGCUCCUUUGUCACGCACGCCCUGCUGGGCUCCUACGCCGUGCAGGCCGAGCUGGGUGACUAUGAUGCCGAGGAGCACGUGGGUCAUUACGUCGGUGAGCUCCGCUUUGCCCCUAACCAGACCCGGGAGCUGGAGGAGAGGAUCAUGGAGCUGCACAAGACAUACAGGGGCAUGACCCCAGGAGAGGCAGAGAUUCACUUCCUGGAGAAUGCGAAGAAGCUCUCCAUGUAUGGAGUGGAUCUGCACCAUGCCAAGGACUCUGAGGGCAUUGACAUCAUGCUAGGUGUCUGUGCCAAUGGUCUGCUCAUCUACCGGGACCGCCUGAGAAUCAACCGUUUCGCCUGGCCCAAGAUUCUCAAGAUCUCCUAUAAGAGAAGUAACUUCUACAUCAAGAUCCGGCCUGGGGAGUACGAGCAGUUUGAAAGCACCAUUGGCUUCAAGCUACCAAACCACCGGUCAGCCAAGAGGCUGUGGAAGGUCUGCAUUGAACACCACACGUUUUUCAGGCUGGUGUCCCCAGAACCCCCACCCAAAGGCUUUCUGGUGAUGGGCUCCAAGUUCCGGUACAGCGGAAGGACCCAGGCACAGACCCGCCAGGCCAGUGCCCUCAUCGACCGGCCCGCACCCUUCUUUGAGCGUUCUUCCAGCAAACGGUACACCAUGUCCCGCAGCCUUGACGGAGCCGAGUUCUCGCGCCCAGCCUCAGUCAGUGAGGACCACGACGCAGGGCCUGGUGGUGACAAGCGGGAAGACGAUGCCGAGUCUGGGGGCCGGCGGUCAGAGGCUGAGGAGGGCGAGCUCAGGACCCCCACCAAGAUCAAGGAGCUUAAGCCGGAGCAGGAAACCACGCCGAGACACAAGCAGGAGUUUUUGGACAAGCCGGAGGACGUCCUGCUGAAGCACCAGGCCAGCAUCAAUGAGCUCAAGAGGACCUUGAAGGAGCCCAACAGUAAACUGAUCCACCGGGAUCGAGACUGGGAGCGGGAACGCAGGCUGCCCUCCUCGCCUGCUUCUCCCUCCCCCAAGGGCACCCCCGAGAAAGCCAGUGAGAGAGCAGGGCUGAGGGAGGGCUCGGAUGAGAAGGUCAAACCCACCCGUCCUCGGGCCCCAGAGAGUGACACGGGAGAUGAGGACCAAGACCAGGAGAGGGAUGCCGUGUUCCUGAAGGACAACCACCUGGCCAUCGAACGCAAGUGCUCCAGCAUCACAGUCAGCUCCACGUCCAGCCUGGAGGCCGAGGUGGACUUCACAGUCAUCGGCGACUACCACGGCAGCGCCUUCGAAGAUUUCUCCCGCAGCCUGCCGGAGCUGGACCGAGACAAAAGUGACUCCGAGACAGAGGGCCUGGUGUUCGCCCGAGACCUCAAGGGGCCCUCCAGCCAGGAUGAUGACUCUGGGGGCAUCGAGGACAGCCCAGAUCGAGGAGCCUGUUCUACCCCAGAAAUGCCCCAGUUUGAGCCUGUGAAGACAGAAACCAUGACCGUCAGCAGUCUGGCUAUCAGAAAAAAGAUUGAGCCCGAGGCUGCCCUGCAGAGCAGAGUCUCCACUGUGGACAGCACACAGGUUGACGGUAGCGCCCCUGUGGGGAAGGACUUCAUGAUAACUCCCCCCUGCAUCACCACAGAGACCAUCUCAACCACCAUGGAGAACAAUCUCAAGUCCGGGAAGGGGGCAGCGGCCAUGAUCCCAGGCCCACAGACGGUGGCCACGGAAAUCCGUUCUCUUUCACCGAUCAUCGGGAAAGAUGUCCUCACCAGCACCUACGGCGCCACCGCGGAAACCCUCUCAACCUCCACCACCACCCAUGUUACCAAAACUGUGAAGGGAGGGUUUUCUGAGACGAGGAUUGAGAAGCGAAUCAUCAUCACUGGGGACGAAGAUGUCGAUCAAGACCAGGCCCUGGCUUUGGCCAUCAAGGAAGCCAAGCUCCAGCAUCCAGACAUGCUGGUAACCAAAGCUGUUGUCUACAGAGAAACAGACCCUUCCCCGGAGGAGAGGGACAAGAAGCCGCAGGAAUCCUGACCUCUGUGAAGAAGUGCUGGCAUGUCUGGUCCAACCCAAGCCAGAGAAUCAUUAAGAAGGGGCCUUCAUUCUGGAUUCUCCGACACAAUGCCAACAUCCCAGCUGCGACGUACUGUCACUGAUGAGAGACUGGGAAAGGAAAAGCAUAUAUAUAUAGAUAUAUAUAGAUAUAGAUAUAUAUACAGGAAACACCGCGUCCUUGCACUGCUGCUGGGGCUGGCGGAGGAGUCAGCCAACAGCCACAACCAACAUCUGCAGCAACCUACAUUUCCUUUGCAGACCAAUUGAAAAAUUGGUGGGAUUUUUUUUUUUUUUUUUUUUUAGGAAAAAAAAAAAUACAGCAGCCAGAAUCCCUUGCACCCCUAGCCCCUUCCCUUUCUCCCGCUGAACCACAAAAGCAGAGCGAGAUGAUUGUAGAAAUCCCACCAAAUCCCGGUUGUGCCCAGUCUAGAUACUGGAUCCGCGUCCGGUUGGCUCUUUUCCAGCAUCCGUUGCCCACUCGAAUGCAGAGGAAACCCAUCACGCAGCCAAACAAGAGAAGUCGCAGCAGCAAGACACGCACAGUCAACCAUUUUUCAAGAAAGAAAGUCUCCCAGUUGGACAGGAGGAUGAGGAAGAAGAGGAGGCACACUGGAUUAUUUUUUGGGUCUUGACACUGGGCUGCAAAAUCCACUUUCUGUCUUUCCACCUCCCUGCCCCCCUCAGCUCCCACAUGUCUUGUUGCCAUUUUCCGUCUCAGCUCCUUCCUCCCCGUCCCGUGCCCCUCCCGCUCCGUGUCCUGGUCCUGCUAAGGGCCACCGCAGAUGACUGUCACUGGAAACGAGAAAAAGAAGACAGGAAAGCAAACAGCAGAAAAAGCGAAGUCAAGGGAAGGAAAGUAGACAUUGUGUGUUUCUGGUUUCUCAUAACAAAGGAGCAGCUCGUAGCAGAUUUGUACAAGCUGUGCUUUUAAGUUAUGUAUAUUACAUAUAACGGGAAACAAAUAUUAAAAUAAACAGUGCCGGUAAGUAUGCAGCUGACAUUUUAAAAGUUAUAAUUAUCUGACUGUGAUCGAUGUAUCCCAAGGUUCCUAGAUCUUGCUGAACUGGCCCAGCCGAGGACACUGUAGACUCUGGGUGUGGCUGGCUCCCAGUAGGGCUGUCAGAGGUUCAGUAUAGUGAAACUGUGUGUGGUGUUUGUAACUGGGUGAUUGGUGGGGAGAGUGGCGGGUCCUCUGUGGAGAGGUGGGGGUUCGGCAAGAAGGAAACAAAGCAGAGAUAUAAUUCUGAACAUGCCGGUCUGAGAUGCCUUCUCCCCCAGCAGUGGCCAUCAGGGCCUGGUCUGUGCUCACAUACAGACUGGAGUCAGGACCCUGCUGCUGGGGUCCCCCUAGGUCAGUGCUCCUACCUCGAGGGGGCUUGCCUUGGCCUUCAGUCCUCUUUCUUCGUUUCGUUUCAUUUCGUUUCCCGCCGUGUCUCGCUCUGCUCUGCACCUUGUGAGUAGUGAUAGAAAGCAAAGGCUUUAGCCAGCCUCUCUGAAAGGCCCAGCCAGUCUUCCCUCCUCCCCUUCCAUCUUGUGAAUCAUUUGUUCUUCCUGGGCCAGUAUAGCCAUGAUAAAGAGACUGAACACAGGGCAGUUCAAAGUUCAAAGGCCUCGCCUACCCCAGGACAGCAGAAGGUGAAAGGCACAGUUGCCCAUGGGCUCCGUUUCUGCAUUGAACCUUGCUGGGGAGACCUCUCUAUCAGUCACCAAGGGGGCUCUGAGCCGGCUAUGUCCUCAGAGUCCCAGAAACGGCCUUGCAACCACAGGAGCCCUUGGAGAAAAGCCCUGUUACAAUGAGCUUGCCAUUGCACUCUGACACCUGUGGGCUUCCUUUGACUUGCCUGUCACGGGCGGCUUCCCUGAGCACCCAGCAUUUGAAUUUCUCAGUCCCAUUUCACCCCCAAGUCCUGCUUCCAAGGCAGCUGAUAAAUUCAACCAACGGCUAUUUAUUGAGUUAGCCACUUGUGCCAGGCACUGUUCUGAGGUGGAAGAAAACCAUAGGGAGAGGAAUCCCAGAACGCCUCCCCAGUCCCCGCAACCUGUUCGACAUUGUUCAGGAUGUCUCCCAGAGGGCCCGGGUUAGACGAACCCCUUGAUGUGCUUGUCAUUUACCCUUAGGUUAAAUACUUUAUGUACUUACCAGGUGCUGGCUUGAAGCAGGGCAAGAAACUAGAAUGGCCUUCAGCUCUGUGGCAGCUGGGAAGUAGAGAGAGGUUCUCAGAGGGCAGAGCCCCCUUGGCGCAGGCUGGUGAGCCCACGCCAGUCCCCCUGAGUGUGGCGGCACAUUUUUUUCUCCUUGCUCCAGGUUCUUUGUACAGUCUUGAUGGAGAAGCCACAGAAUCCUCUUCCUGCCCUUUGUAACUUGUGAGCUCCCACUGCUUUGGAGACAGGAGUGGGUGUGGCUCCACCCCCUCUGGGCCUCUCAGAAUUCAGCCGAGCCUUCCCAGCAACCUUUGCAGGAACCAGGCAGCCUGAGCACACUGGACACACUUGUGAUGGUGGUGCGGGGGGGGGGGGUGGAUAUCUUAGGUCUGUGGAUUGCACCUGCCUACGGGCCCUGAGUGUGGUCUUCAGGACAGGGAAGAAGUGACCCAGCUUAACCACAGUCUGGGCGAGCCUCACCCUAUGGAUACUCUGACCUUCCUUCCUGGAGAAGCAGGUAGUUCCCCCCACCCCACACACACAGGGAGGAGGGGACCCGCAAAGCUAAAAUCUAGGGCAUGGUUUCCUCCCCCAUCGUCCUCUCCAUAGAGAAUAGAGACGUUUGUCUUGUCCGUCUUCAACCUACUUUUCCUUUUUUUUUGGCUGUUUUACAUGUUUCAUCCUCUCCGUGCCUCUUCUCUUUCAGUAUCCAGGAGGGGCCAGGUCACAGAGUGGGAAAGGUCUCUGAGAGCAGUCAGGGUUCUGGGCCACCGUCCUUCCUGGCUCAUCUCAUAACUCACUACAUGGCAUCCAUCAGUCUAUUCUCAUCCCACCUUGAGCCUCUGUUUCCCUACUUGCUAAGUAAACAGGGCACACUCAUUGCUCUCCAAGGGUUUUCCCCACUCUGCAUCUUCUAGACCUUUGUUUUUCCUUGUUUUGCUUUCUCUGGAUCUUUUCCAUCUAAGGGUACAGGAGGUGCCAGGACCUGUUUCAAUUUUUGAAUCCUGCAAGCACAUUCCAAGACUGGCCUGAAGUUGCAUGAUCAACAUCACUCUGAAUAGUUUUUUUUUUUCCUUUUUUCAAAAGCACCUUACCUACCAACGGCAAUGCUGUUCUGUUCCUUUUCACUCACCCUCUCUCCUGUCGUCCCCACACUCCCCCACCUCAGUGCUCCGUGCUGUAUGCGUGUGCUCUCUGUUCUUGUAUACUCAAUAAAAGUGAAAUAAAUGUGUUUGAUGCUAAA